AUGCGAAGCCCGAGAACAAUCCAAUGGCGAAUCCCUAUCAGCAAUUCCGACUUUCAACGCCUGAUCCAAGGCUUUAGCCCAAGUUGCAUGGAGGAAAGAUGGGUGAUCGAGUCCGAAUAUCUCGAUGAGGGAAACGCCCAUCGCGUACGGUUCAUGCGGAGCUGGACGAGGAACCCUUACCACGAGCUGUUCAUCAAAGAGGGAGAGAAAGGUUAUGCUAUUGAAUCGUUGGUUUAUGAGUCCGUCGACGAAUCGGAUCAGGAAAUUACCGAGGAUGAGGCGAAGGAGCUGGUAAUUAGUCUGGCGAGAGGUUGGCUGGAAUGUGGAAUUGAGGUACUACCGAAAGAGGAUGAGAGAUGAUGGUCUGGGGAUUUCUUUUGUUUUUGACUCCGUCGUCUUCUUCCCAGGCGGGAUUGGUCGGAAGUGGAAUCAAUGGGGUGGGGUUUGCCCAUCGCCCUGCUCCGAAGUACUCGCGUGUGGGUGUGCCAUCGUACCAUGCCGGUCUGUCCAUGUCCCGGAAUAUGAAGACUCUGAGCCGACCGACAUCCCGAUACCGCGAAACCCGCGAGAGAGAGAGUCCGAGCAAUCAAGACGGCAUUCCGCGGGAAAAGACUCUAGCGAAUCGGAGACGAACGAACCAGAAAAGCGUAUCCUCCUCAUCAUUCGUUCAUCGUAGAGAUCAACCGCUGUUGGCCCUCUUCAUGUGCCCCUUUCACGAUCCUUCGUACAUGAUGGUGGACGAUUCACUCCCGCCUGUCCGCCAUCCUCCAGUCUGCAGACGACGACGUCAGGACGACCACAGCGAUCCGUCGCCGCCAAGUCCCAACCUCGCAAGACUCGACGCCAGCGUGCCGACGACUUUACAUAAUCGCCAACGCGGCAUUGAUGAACAUUCCGGGGUCUAAUGAAAUCUUCCGGCGGACGAGACGCUAUGUGAGAAU